AAUAUCUGUGGUACAGGAUGUUACUACUUUCAUGAUAAUUUAAAUUAUAUUCUCAAAUAUGGUGAGGGUUAUGGAACAAAAUGGAUAUAUUUCCCGGAUGACGACGGAGUCUUGCAUUACAUAAAUAUGACGACCCCCGUUGAAGGUCUUUUGAGCAGAAAUGUUUUAGAUAAUAUUGAAUAUAGGCUGUAUAUUUGGAAUAAUUCUGGGAGUUACAUAAUGUUGAAUGAAUUAGCAGAACCAACUGAUAAGGGCAAUCAAAAACUCACAUCACGGAUACUGCUAUCUAAUUUGCCAUUAAAAGUAAUUACUCAUGGUUGGAGGUCAUCUGCAGACACUGCAGGAGUAAUGAGUGUAAAGAAUGCAUAUGUGGAAGCCAAAAAGUCGAUAGUCAUAACGAUCGAUUGGAGCAUUACCGCAGAAUCAUUGUUGUACCCUUGGGUAGCGAAUGAGACUAAGGCUAUAGGUGCGAGGAUAGCGACAUUUUUAGAUAACUUAAAUUAUAGGUAUAAUAUUUCGGGAAAACAAAUUCACCUCGUUGGUCACAGCCUUGGAGCACACGUUAUGGGCAAUGCAGCAUCUAAAACUAAAACAAGGAUAGCUCGCAUAACAGGGCUCGAUCCAGCACGGCCAUAUUUUGAAUACCCACCUCAAGAAAAUUCUGGUAAAUUAGAUUUGACUGACGCAGAAUUUGUUGAUGUCAUUCACACUUGCGCAGGAUUACUUGGUUUUCAGGAAGCAAUAGGAACAGCUGACUUUUACCCUAACAACGGUAUUGCGCCGCAGCCAGGAUGCGAUAAUAUAAUGAAAUUUUUUGAAGCAUGCAGCCAUAGCCGGUCGUUUUUUUAUUUUAGUGAAUCUAUAAAAUACCCAAAGUCAUUUCCUGCCUACCAAUGCCAAAGCUGGACAGAAUUUAUAGAAAAUCGCUGCGGUCAAUAUGGUUACAUGGGCGAAAGCGUUUAUAAAAACACGACAGGAAAAUAUUUCUUGAAAACAAAUGCUUUUGCACCUUUUGGCAAGCAAUCCAUUGUGUAAACGCGUUAGAAAAGUAUAUAAAAACGAAUGCACAUACAUCAUUAUUAAUCAGCUAAUGUAAAGGAAUAGAUCGGUAGUAAUCAACAAUCAAAUAUGAGUUUAUAUUACAAGUACAAAACCGAAUUGCACACAAUGUACCUAUUUAAGAUUGGUAAUGAUAUCGUUUCCUGCUUCCCUAACCUACCUUGUUGGAUAAAAAGUUUAGACGAAUUUGAUACACGUUUUGGCUAUAUCGUACAUAAAUAUUUAGGUAUAUGUUUACAAAUACUUAAGUUUCAUAAAAAUGAAUGGUUUAAUAAGUUUUUAGUCCGAUACCUUUGCCUAAUAAAAGUAAAUAGGAAAUAUCUUUUGAAUAAUCCUCAUUCUUCAGUAAGUUUAUAGAAUCUUCACUCUUCAUAGCGGUAAGAGGGAUUUUAAACAAAUUUAAUAGGGCUACAAAAUAAAAAAAACCUGAAGAAAACAAGAUUCGACUAUCAUCUUAAGGAAACCACCGGAUAGCGUUAAAAACCACUACGUGGGGGUGAUAGCCAGGAAUUGCAUUCCAUUCCGUAUAAGUUAAUGAACGAAAUUUUAAAUGCCAGUCAACAUCAAAUUUGAUGUCAUUUUGACGUGCGUGUUAAGGUUAUAAUGUUUUAUGUUUAUCCCGCUAAUUCAUAAAAAAAAAUAAGAAAAAACUGUUGUGUCGUUCAGCAUAAAAAUAAUUAAUAUUAACACUUAGUUUCAUCCAGCUUUUGACUUGCUGGUUAUUAUACUAAUGUGUGUUUGUUGUUAUUUGUGUAAAACUAAACUAGAAUUGUUACAGAAACUUGGGAUGCACAUAAUAUUAUAAUAAAUAUUGACCACGAAGUUCUGGUAAACCAAGUUCGGAGAGUAUCAGAAAUAUGAAUAAGAAAAGAAAUGUAAGUUUCAUAAAACCUGAAGAUCCCGAAUUUCUCAAAGUAUUUAAAAGGCAAGCUGGAUAUGAUGAUAAAAACCACAAAUUCGACGAACUUGCAAAUGCAGAGGGUGAUUUUGUAGAUGAUGAGGACAGUGAGCAACCCCAAGUAGUUGUCCUCAAAGAAGGUGACUUAACAGCAGAAGAAGCUGAAGUGGAAAAGAAAAAAAUAGAAAAACUUGAGUCUGAAACAAAAGCUGAUCUGAGUCAACGAAUAGUGUUUAAGCCUAAAGAAAAACUAUCUGCAGAACCUGGCGCCAAUAAAAGAAAAAAAGAAACAGCCAAUAAACAAAAAGUUUCAAAAGAAAAAAAGACCCGACAACUUUUGUCAUUUGAUGAUAAUGAUGAAGAUAUUGAUAGUAAUUAAAGUUAUCAAUCCAAAAAAUUUAAUAUAAUUAAUGGCAAUAAAAGCCUUGACAAAAUUUAAGACCAUAAGGAGUAACAUAAUGUUAUCUGUUAAGACUAGCCAUAAAGUUUACAAGUGCAAAAUGAUGUAAAAAUGAUUAUUAUGAAGUUGUAAUAUGCAAAACUAAUGUGCAUACUAUUUAAUUAUGCAAAAUAAAUGGAUUUAAAUAA